AUGUCUCAUUACAUGAGAGCCGAGAAGAAGCAAUUCUUCAGGAACGCACAGGAUUAUAUCAUUAGGCCGCUGAUGCGCCAAAGAGAGACGGGACAGCUAUGCGACGUCAUACUCCGGAUACAUGGAAGAAUAUAUCAUGCACACCGUGCUAUAUUAGCACUUUGGAGUCCAUAUUUUCUCUCCAUGUUUACUUGUGAAAUGAGAGAGAAAUCUUCCAGAGAAAUAGAUCUGACGGAAUCACUCUUGCUUGAAGACGAUUCCGUAUUCAGUAAUGUGUUGGACUAUAUGUACACGGGGUCACUAACUGUCAACAUUUCAAAUGUUGAUGAUAUACUCAGAGUGUCUGACUUCUUGCUUUUAGACGAUGUGAAGGACUACUGUCAGCAGUUUUAUCUGGAUCUAGGUAAUUUGGACCUAAGUAAUUGUCUGCGAGUGAAAUUUCUCACUGAAAACCACAAUUUGCUGGAUGUAAGUGAGGCAUGUCAAAAGAUAAUUGAAUCUCGCUUCCAUGACUACCUUAUCCAUAAUGAUGAAAUUCUGGAAAUUCCUCCUCCAUACUUUUUCCAGUUAUUAGAAGAUCCAAGAACAGUCCACCAGACAAGUUACAAUGAGUUGAAAAGACUUAUCACACGCUGGGUUGAUUACUGUAAAGAAAGCAGAGAAAUGUACAAGAAUGAUUUGUGUGCCUGUAUCAAGUUAUGGGUGUAUGACACUGGGGAUAGUGCUCCAGCUAUAUUGGGACAAGGCAUUAAGCAGCGGGACCUGUCCAUCUUCAUGCAGUCUUCUCUUUCAGAUGCAAUCAGAAGAGAUGCAGAAGGACAUAUGUCAUGCAUGCUGAAAGAGAAUGUUCUUCAUGAGUCAAUCAGUGUGAAUGAUACAAUUUGUCCAGUUCUGUAUACAGUGAUUUGUAAUCAAGGAAUGAAAUUCCUCAGGAUCUUGGUCUACAGUAUAUACAGUCAGAAAUGGUAUCAGUUUCCAAUUAGCAGUGAGAAGCUUUCUCAGAUGAUACCAUCUAGACAAACAGUUUGUAGUCUUGUUGCCCACAGAAACUGCCUUUACAUGUAUCUUUGUCCUAGCUUCCCUUACCCCUCUGACAUGUUAAAGAUUAACAUCUUGGUUGUUGACCUUUUGAAAGGACAACCAGCAGUAUAUUCAUUCCGCACAGCAGACUACUACAACCCAACAUACCGAACAACCCUGACCAACUACCGCUCAGUGCCACCAGCUGUGGCAGUGUGUGGCCACAACCUUUAUGUUAUUGGUAACAAGGAAGGAGCAGGCAACUUAUUCCAGUGCAGUCUAACAAAUCAUCAGUAUAAGUGCCAUCAAAUUCCGGGCGCUCGUUUCAUCAGUUUAGCAAGAGCAGCAGUUCGAAAUGACAGAUUCAUCUUUCUGUGGUUUCGUCAUCGCACUGGUCCUUCAGAAGAAUUCUGCAUAAAAAAAUCAGUGGGGUUUGUCAUGUUUGAUACAAAAUCAAAAGUGUUCAAUUCAUGGGAGAUCUGUGCCCCUGAGAUUUCCUAUGAUGAUUUUGUGAAGCCAUACAUGUUGUGUGUCCGAGAUGACACAGUUCUCAUCUAUCAUCCUGGCAAACCUGCACUUGUCUUGGAUGAAGUCAGGUGUAAAUGGGUUACCUCCCUUCGUAAGGUCCCCACGCCUGGGUCACUGACAGAUAAUUUAACUGAUAUGUAUGGAUAUCAAAUACAGGCAGCCACUGACAACAGUAUCUUCAUACUGAACAACCCAGCACCAUACACAACAUCGCUGCACGAGAUCAGUGAGAUGUAUCCACAAACCAUCAUUCACAGACCGCCCCCGAUAGACAACAUCUCCUUGGUAGCCUUUGGCUACCUGACCAAGUCUGACCUCAUGGAACUGGACACAGUAGAAUACUAUGAUGAUGCCUAUGCAAAUGCUCUGCAAGUGACGAUGCGAUUCUCUGAUCCAGACACUGAUGAUAGUGGUACAACUCACUCUGGACAUGAUACUGACAAUGACUUUGAAUACGAUGAUGAUAUAUAUGAUUAUGAUUAUGAUCUUGAUGGCGAUUUUGGCUUUUCACUUUAAUAUGGAUAAGCAGUA